UCAGGUUGUGUCCCCACUUGGCAGCGCCGCCUUCCUGAGUCACUCAUCGGAAUUUGUCAAAAUAAUUUCGUGUGUUCGUUCCCCUCACAGAAUCAAAUAAACGGUUCGCGAGACAUCAAUAAACCAUUCAUGAGAUCGGCCACAGGUUAGGUGGUGCAGCGCGUCAUUUCCGAGCGUGGUUAUGGUUUAAAGUGUCGAAAUGGCCGAUUUGAUACGUGCAGGAAGCGGACAUGGGGCUGUGAUGAAAGAUAAGCUGGGUUCGCCGAGCACCGGAAGCGAGGAUGGCAACGAGCAGGACACGCAGGGGGCCCCCAAGGCAGAGCCCGACGAGACCGACCUGGGGGACUCGGCGCCGUUCGCCCCCUCGGAGACGCUGUGGUACCACGGACGGCUGGACCGGUACCAGGCCGAGGAGCGCCUCUGGAUUUCGAACAAAUUGGGGAGCUAUCUGGUGCGGGAGAGUGACCGGAAGCCGGGCUCGUAUGUGUUGUCGUUUUUGGGGCGCACGGGAAUGAACCAUUUUCGGAUUACGGCCGUUUGUGGCGAUUUUUACAUUGGGGGAAGACAGUUUGUGUCUUUGAAUGAUCUGGUUGGGUAUUAUACGGAGAGGAGUGAUUUGUUGAAGAGGGAACGGUUGGUGCAUCCGGUGCCACCUCCGGAGCCAGUCAAUGAUAAAAAGAGGGUGGUGGCAAUUUUGCCAUACACGAAAAUGCCGGACACCGACGAACUAACAUUCAAAAAAGGCGACAUUUUCUUUGUCCACAACGACAUGGGCAAUGGGUGGUUAUGGGUCACGGCCCAUCGAACGGGCGAACAAGGGAUGAUUUUCCGGGAAUUGGUGGAAGAUCUGGAUGAUAGCAUUGAUCCCAAUACGGUUUUUCCAUGGUUUCAUCCAAAUUGUACGAAAAACGAAGCGGUGGAUUUACUCGUCAAAGCCGGCCCUGGAAGUUUCCUCGUGCGUCCCAGCGACAAUUCUCCCGGCGAUUAUUCGUUAUUUUUCCACAUAAAUAAUCAAAUCCAACGAUUUCGAAUCGAGAAAAAAGGAGUGCGUUAUCUUAUGGGGGGCCGUAUUUUCGAAUGUCUCGAUGCUGUUAUCAACCGUUAUCGCAAGGAGCAAAUCGUUGAAGGAUAUACUUUACAACAUCCCUUGGUCGUUGACGGAAGCAAACAAGUCGAUUGGGUGCCAGAUAAUCCAAAAGUUAAAUCCGAAGCUGAGAAAAUCUACGCCACUUUGCGUGAAUGUCGCGAUCAAGCGGGCUUGAAAAAAAUGCGAGGGAUCAAACAUCAGGGUUUUCUACAUCGAAAAUCGGACAAAGCUGCCAAAAAAUGGAAACUUUUGUACUUUGCGUUGGUUGUCGAUGGGACCGAUACGCAUCUGUAUUUGUACGAAAAUCCCAAAAGGACGAAGCCGAAGGGGCUCAUCGACCUGUCCUGUGCGUAUCUCUACCAGGUCCAUGAUAGCCUCUGGGAGCGCCCCCAUUGCUUACAAAUUGUGGAACGCGCUCUUCCCUGUCUAGCGACGGUCACCCAUCUCGCAGCGCCCUCUACCGAGGAGUGCCAAGGCUGGGUGAACGCCUUAAAGCCUCUCUGUGUUCCCCAAUUAAGUCGGGCCACAUGUAAAGUCCCACGACUUCGUGAAUUACGAUGUUUGACUUUACACAUUUUGGACGCUCACAGGCUGCCAUAUAAACUAGUGCCACAACCAUACGUUACCAUACAAUUCAAUAAUCAAGUGAGAAUCGCUCGGACGAGGGCCAAGUCCGGGCCUGACCCAGUAUGGGACGAGGAGUUUGUUUUUGAUGAUGUGCCAUGUGAUGUAGUUUCGUUUACUUUGACUGUACAUAAUAAAGGGAAGCGGGGGAAGGACACGGAAGUGGCUGAACUUCAUGUAGAUUUGGCCACGUUAGGGAACGGCGAGGAGAAGGAGGAAUGGUAUACUUUAUCAGGGUUGACGCCAAUGGGGGAAUGGGGGUCGCUUAGGUUAAGGACAAGAUAUUUACACGACUUGGUGAUGCCGGCUGAAGAAUACAGCCCCUUGCAGCAGUUACUCCUACAAGGGGGCCUGGCGUCGGUCAAGACCCUUGCUGAGAUAUCUCACGCAGAUAGGGCGCCUCUAGCUACAGCCCUUUUAAGGGUUUUUAGGGCAGAGGGUCGUGAGACUGAACUUUUGAUCGAGUUGAAUUCGGCUGAAAUCGAACGUGAAACUGAAACAUCGACGCUAUUCCGUGCCGCUUCGCUCAGUACUACUUUGAUGGACUUGUAUAUGAGGGCGGAAUGUAGAGGUUUUCUGCACGCUGCUGUUCUCGAAACCGUUUUGAGGCUGUUGGAUAGUAAGCAAAGUGCGGAAUUAAAUCCGGCGAAAAUGGAUUCGUUAGAUGAUGCAUGUAGUAAUGCGGAGUUCUUGUUGCAAGUGUUGGAUCAGGUCGCCUUGAGCAUAUUCAUGUCGGCGGAGGCAUGCCCCCGUUCAGUCCGCUACAUUUGCGGUUGCCUCCAAAAGGCCGUGGGGGCAAAAUGGCCCGAUGAGCGCCACGUGCGCGCUCGAGUCGUUUCCGGCUUCAUUUUUCUACGUCUUUUAUGUCCCGCAUUGCUCAAUCCGAGACAAUUCGGUCUUGUAAACGAACAACCGUCACCAUCGGCCACCCGAAGCCUCGUCAUGGUCGCCAAAUGUCUGCAAAAUCUCGCAAAUUUGGUCGAAUUCGGCGGAAAAGAGCCGUACAUGGAGGUGGUGAACCCGUUCAUUUUGAAGAAUAAAGAGCGCAUGGUGGUGUUCCUGGACCACCUCUCCAACGUGCCAGAUCCUGGUGAGCCCCGUCUUACGAGCAAACCUGAUACUGCCAAAGAAUUAGCAACUUUGCAUCAUAUCUGCGUUGCACAUCUUACCGAAUUACAAGCGGUGGCGAAAGUCAAUUCCAAUAUUAAGACUUUGGUCACUGUUACCGAAAUGUUGGCAACACAUAAACAAAAGUAUCUCGAGAUGAUAAGAUAGUAGUUUGGUUGAGUUCGGGGAUUUACUGGGGGUUUUUCAAAAUUUUUAUUAUUAUUUUUUUGUACUUAAAUCAUCGCUCUCGGGGAUUUUGGAGUGCGUUUAGUUGUUGAUCCUUACGUAAGGAAACGAACACCACUGAUUAUGUUUGUAGGAUGUGUACACUAGGUGGUUAGCAUGUGAUGUGCUCUCUUAGUAAUCAAAAUCUAGACUGUAUUAUUUUUUAUUACAAGACUGUCAUUAAAAAAAGUUAAUUCUAAGUCAGUAGGUUGCCUAACAUGGAACAGAUAGUUAUUAAUCGAUUUCAGUGUCAAACUCUAUCCAAUAUUUUUAUUUAUUUAUCGUACGCACACUCAUUUGAGUGUGUUAACCACAGCUUCCUUCUCUGAAAAUUGCAGAGUUGGGUCACUUUUUUAUUAAAAUGUUUGUGAGCAAAUUAAUUAGGUUCAUAUCUAAUUUAACCAGCGACGUAUUUUGAGUGCCAUCUAAAAAAAAAAAAUAGUUGAAUACAGGUAACUCUGAUCAAAAGAAGUUGGGUAUAUCAGUACAUUUUAAAGAAUAUCAGCAGAAGCUUGAAAACUAAUCUCAUAUGUGUUUUCUAUGAAAAUUUUUAUUUUAUCGUUUAGAGUUGUACUGGUUUUAUAUCUUCCAGUAAAAAAAAAACUUAUUUUUUGUUAACAUUUUUAGUUAAAAACAUUGAGUCUCAAUUAAAUACACUGCUAAUAUCACUCUAACUAAUUGGACAUUUAAAAACGUUGGUUAACUUACUGCAAUCCAAAAUAAAAUUUUGUAUCGUCAUUAAAUACAACUUAGCUUGGUACCAAAAAUCUACAGAAAAAAAUGGAGUUAAUAGAGGAAGAAAGAAAAUAAAAAUAAAGUGUUAGAACAGUACCAUCUUUCAAAAAAAAUGCGAGAUAUUGAGGAAUACGAAAAAAUAAAGCUUUUGGAAUUGGAAAUAAAAAUUAAAGAAGAAAUAUUAACCAAUAAUAAUUAAUUAUUAGGAUGAUAACUAUUAUUAAUUUAAUAUAUUUGUACCUGAGGGCGAAAACAGCUCAAUAUUUAAGACUAACUUAAUACUUUCACGCCAUUAACAUACAGAGUGUCUCAGCAAUGUGAAAAAGUCCAUUAUUGACCUUUAAAUAUUAGAAAAUUAAUUUUUUUUUUCGAGAGUCGUACAUAAAAGCGAUCGAAAAGUCCUUCUUUCAAGUAAGCUUAGAAAUUAAAGGACGUAUGUCUGCGGAACUUACGCCAAAUGUCAAAGGAAAAAUGUCAAAAAAAUUAAGCAAAUUAAAUUAUUGCUGGAAUCCAGUGUUGCCCCAUAAACAAUUUACCAUUCGGGUGUUAUUUGUGUCACGAAUUCACGGCAUCUAACAGUUUACGUUUGAAGUAAUUUUAGUUUAAAUUUUGACAGCAGGCUGAACAUCGGUCACACGUUCUCAAGUGAUACGCCUACUUGAUAAAAAGAAUUUCUUAUCGCUUUGUACUAACGCUCUGAAAUUAGCUACAACACAAACUUAUUUUUUUUUUAAAUAGAACAACAUAUUUCUUCUAAUUAAAUUGAAUAUACAUUAAAAAGGCGAUUUUUACAAUCUCUAAUUAAUAUAAAAUAAUAACCCAGAUUUUUAUGGAAUUCGAUUUUUAAAAUUUUCACGCCAGCUUCAUCUUUGAUUUUUAUGAUUCAGUGCUUUUUUUAAAUUUCCACAAAAAUGCGAGUUUUUGAAAAGCAAUUGAUUUGCAGUUUUAGUAGUCUUGUGCAUAUUUCUUAACUCAGAUUUUUUUUGCCUAGAUUUCUUAGUUAUUUUCUAUUUUCUAUGCAUUUUUUUUGUCACCAAAAACCACAGAUUCAGUUUUUACAGUUUUUAAGAAAUCUUUACAAACAGACUGAUUUUCUUUAUUUUUAGCAUAAAAAUCUGGCUCACAUUCUUAAAAAGGUCACAAAAAAUAUGGUAUUUGCUAUAAAAAAUUCAUGUUUUAAUAGAUAAAAUUAUAGGCCAUUUUCUCAAUUUUUGUGCUUCUGAAAAGACCUCAGUAGGCUGUUUUUUACACUCGACAAACUUCAACAACUAGAACUUGAAAAUCGGCUCAUUUUUCUAAAAGAAUAAUGUUUUUAGGAAAAUCUGAAGAUUCUAUAAAUUGUAGGUAGCUCAAAAAAUAUUUUUUUAUUUUUAAUAUCUGAAUCCUAAACAUUAUUUUAAAACAAGUUUCCGAAAGAAACGUGUUUUUACUAUUUAAAAAAACCGAUUCCCUUAGCAACAACGUAAAAUGUGUUAAAUGUUCACUUUUAAUAAUUAUUUAUUUUUUGAAAAAAAAAUGGACUGUUGUCGCUCUCAGGUACAGAUAUUCUCUUGCAGUUCUGACGAAGUGAACUCGUAAACUUGGAAGUAAUUUUUUCUAGACGAACUGCCACUUCUAGUUAUGUUUUAUAAAUACGUUCAUGUUGAUUUGUCCAUUUUUGACAUAAAUUAACUGAAAAAACUAAAUAACCUAACAAAGUAAAUUUCCCGUAGUUUUUAAAUUUAAGUGGAAAUAUGUUUGAGAAAUUUAUUUGAGUUUGUGCAAAUUUGAAGUAUAACGUCGCUGAUUUCUAUCCAAAAAAUCUAAAAUUGACUUAAGUGUUCCAACUCUCUUAAAGGCGUUGGUAAUUUAAAAAACAGUUCGUUGUUUUCUUGUUUUCAAAGCGAUUAUUUCGCUUAUUUUUUAUCUCAGAAAAUGAAUGAUACAAAGCUGGUAAAUAAAUAGCCACUGCCUUUAGAUAGAAACUUUACUCAAAACUUUUAGGUGCAAGGAAGCUGUGGUGUUGACUGAGACGAAAGUUUCACAUUUAAGACUUUCGUCUGCGAAGUAUUAAAUUCUUUGCUUCGUUUCUGAAGCACAGAAUCUAAUAAGCACCCCUAUUUAGGAUUAAGUGUUAAAUUGAAAAUUGUGUCAAAAUUAUAGUCAAAACCAAGCAAUUUUGUAGCCUCUAAGUCUAAAACUCUCAGGUGAUACAUUUUAGAUGUAACACUAUAAUUUUCAAUUUAACAUGAUUUGUAUGUAGACGAGUGUAUACUAUCUCUCAUUGAUAUUUAUAUGUACUUUUAUAUUAAAAUUUUAUCCAUUCACUUGA